AUGUAUGUCCCCGAUAUUCAGAAGAUCGCCACUGCAGGCCUGGCUCUCGCUAGCGUCAAAUUAACUGGUGACACCGUUUCCAAAGGCGAAGUGCUUGACUACGCAGUGGAGAAAUGCCUCGAUAGCGAUGGGAACAUCCGCUGCUCCAAGCCCUUCCCCGUGAAGAGGGACGCCUGCUACAAGCUGGAGUGGUCAACGGACGGCACAUUCUCUCACACGACCGUCGAGGUUCGAGACGCCGGCAGUGGCGAGAUGGUGUAUUACAGAGACACAAAUGGAGAAUGGAAGCCCGGGAAGAAUGAGCUCGUGUACCUUGACUUCAAGCCCAAGGUCUGGGGGACCGGAAAUGACACAGUCAAUUACCAAGUCAAGAAGUGCGAGAAGGAUGACGAAUUGUAA